AUGGCAGACACCGAAAGUAUAGUGAGAGAAGAAACUCCUAACGCGGUAAUCGAGAGAGCUAAAAAAUUCCUACGUGAAGGCUGUGGAUGUUCGCCUGGUUCGAAAGGGGGUCCCUGUUCAAGAGAAUUUAGAGAAGAAACGGUGCUAUUUAAUCUCAAUAACUGUCUCGAGUUGACAAGUGGAGAGCUCGACUUGAUAAUUUUAGCCAACAUACAAGCUUUCACACGCAACGACUACGUUGGAACUAAGAGAAACGGAACUUCAAGAUGCACGUAUCAGUUUCAGUCUGUCCUGAUUUGCAAAGAGAUGUUUCUUCACCUUUAUGGUAUAAGUUAUUCUCGACUUCGUCGACUCAAGGAACAUUACGAGACGCAUGGUAUCUAUCCGCGAACCCAUGGAAACACCAAAAGGCUUCCCAGUAACACUCUUCCCCAGUCAACCACAGAGAACGUUCAUAAUUUUCUAACUAAUUACGUAGAAGAGAACGCAUUUGUUCUACCUGGAAGAAUACCUGGAUUCAAGUCCGAGGAUGUAAAGGUGUUGUCUUCAAGCGAAACAAAAAUGAGUGUUUGGCGUGUGUACACUGCCACUUGCGAGACUUCUGGCGAACAAUCCGUUAGCUACAGCAAAUUCGUCGAUCUUUGGCAGCAGUUUUGUCCAAACGUUGUUGUGGCAAAACCAUUGACCGAUCUGUGCUUUACUUGUCAGCAGAAUACAACCAAACUUGUAUGGGCCGCAAAUCAAACGAAAGAAAGGCAUAAUUUAAACAAAGCAUUAAAUGCAGUUUGUAUCGUUGCUGGAAGUGUGUCUAUAUUUAUGCAUUUAUUUAUUUUGACUUAAGAUGAUGGACAGAUUCGAAGAUUCUCUUGUCACAUUGGGGGAGACCUUGGGGCGCAGGUUAUCACGGAUCGAGCAACGGCUAGAAUCUUUAGAGACCGUGGUAAGUUAAAUAAUAAGGCUUAAGCUGGAUUUCCACUGUCGCGUAAUUUUUACGUGUGUGAAUGAAAUAGAGACAAUGUAUGAAGGUCAAGCAUAAACGUAAAAGUUGAACCUCGCUAAGGCAUAUUGUAGCUACUUCCUUUAGUGCACAGUUUUUAAAAAAUGUAGAAAAAUUAUUCAGUGCGCUCGGCAUAAGUCAAAUUACAGCUGAGAAAGAGUUACUGCUCAGCUAGACGCCGGGCCUAAAACUUGGAAUUUAGUACACAAUAAGUUUGGCCUCUCGGAAACGCCUAUUUCAAACUAACGUACCGUGUAAGCAUUAUUUUCCUUUUGUCCUUGUGAAUGCAGCUCAGUUCGAAUAAAUGGGCUUUGGAAUACGGGAAACACAAUAGUUACGAUUCUUUUUCUUUUUUUUCCUAUAGUUCAGGAGUGAAGAGACCUACAACUCUUCCGGCCUGUUGUCGAAUCAAGAACUUUUGACGAUUGACAUGGAUACCACGGCAACUUUACAACACGACGAAGUCAACGCCAGCAUCCCAGCUACGCCAGCAGGCCCUGCUACCCCAGAAACACCAUCAUGGCCCGUAAAUGCUGACAGUAUCAUGGAAAGACCUGAAAUCCCGGUGGGAGAAGAUGUAAUUCGGACUUGCGUCACUCCAAGAAAAGUGCAAAGCGUAUAUGCAACAUUACAGAAAGAAAAGGAGAGGCAUAGAUGCGCAGUAAAGCUGCUCCCAUACUUCUUUAGUGAUGAAGAACUCAAAGGAAGCAAUACUGAUGGGACCCACGGUAAACAUCCGCUCGACAGCAGCAAGCUGAAUUCUCUAAGAGUUUUAGUUUUCAGUAAAUUUCCAGUUGAAUGUACUACAGAAAGAGAUAAACUGUGGAAACAAAUCAAAGCCAAGAUCAAUGAUAGAUGUCGUGCUAUCAAGUAUGCUAAAAGGGCAAACUAA